UUUAGAGAGAGAAAGAAAAGAUGAGAGAGGAUCAUUACGAAAUUCAAACACUGAAGAAGGAUCAAUUUCCAGUUUCUUCUAAUCGCAAAUCUAAACAGAGUAAUUCUUCCAAAAAGCACCAGCAAAAGAACGUAAAGAAGAGUUUGAAUUCUGUUUUCACUCCGAUUACUGAAAACGAUAUCUUAUUGGAUUUAUCGGACAAGGAAUCAACCAAUCGGAUCUCGUCAGUUUCAGAAGCAGUUGAUACCGAUCCGUCUAUUGUUGAUAUCUGCAAAACUAGCUUGGAUUUUGAUCAGAAUCAAGUUUUUGAGGAACCAGAGAAAGUUGCACCGGAAUCUUAUUCGUUUGUUUUCGAAGAUGAUCAGCCAUCUAUGGAGAGCUACAUUGUAUCUUUGAAUGAAUUCAUUUCGCCAUCAACUACUACGGCUAGUUCUGUAGAAGGGACUCCAUUGUCAUGCAUAACAACUGGUGAAAAGACUCCACAAUCAUCCCCAAUAACUGAUGAAGCUGAUGUGGUUUUCGUUGAUUCAGUCAUUCAUAGUGGGACUACAACAGAAGAGACAAGUUCAAUUAAGCUAGAAUCAUUAGUAAAGCAUCUAAGGCUAUCUAUGUUUCAGGUUUUGCAUUCGGCUGAGAUUGAUCCACCAUAUAAGAAGCUUUUGGAUAUAUUGGUUAAAACCGUAUCUGAAGAGUUUUGUAGCUUGCAUGACGAGGAGGACAAGGUGGUUAAACUCUUUCCAAAGAAAGUAACGAUUGUGCUGCUGUGCUUUGUGUUGGGAAUGCUUGCUAUUCCUGCUGGUUUCUUCCUCUUUUCGGAUGGUCAAAGCUCGUAUCAUGGCCCUCCACCAACCUAAAGGAGUGUCCACUGUAAGAUUCUAAUUAUGCCUUUUGCUCUUUCUAACACGUUCUGUUAGUUGACUUUAAAUCUUUCACGAAACCAGAAACUACAUACAAUAAGGUGAAACUUUCGCCAAACACACAUUUGGUACUAUCUCAUUAGGUAAUACACUAUCGUAAGAAACAAAUUUAGAAUAUGUACGAUGUUUUACAAAAGUAUCAAUCUAUGAAAAGUUUAUGCAACAUGUAUGGUUACCUAUGUAAUCUGGUAGGUGAAUUUUGCUAUUAAAGGUACCUUUGAUAU